AACAUUCGAACAUUCGGCAACUGAGUCAGUUGUCAUGCAGACUCAUCAGUAAAACAUUUUUAUUUAUACAAUAUACAACACAACAAAUUAAAAUAAACGAUUGCGUCUGCUUUGGAAUCCGUCUGCAUUCGAUACGCAUCCUGUGGCCAUGUGUUGUAAGGCCAUCGAUAUAACUGCCAAGACCGGCAGCGGCUCUGCUGUCAUUUCCGUGCGCCAGAACGAGCUGAUCAGCAAUUUGCGUGUCCUUGUUGCGGUGCGAUUUGAGCAGGCCAUAGACAUUGUUGUUCUGGUAUUUGGCGGACAGGUGCUGCGCGACGAGGGCACCGUCGAUAGCCAUGGCAUCAUCUCGGGCGUCACUGUGCAUGUCGUCUUCCGUCAGUUGUCGAAGGGUGCGUCCCCUGUGAACGAUUGCAGCAAUGCCGCUGGCAGCAACAGCAGCAGCAACGGCAGCGGCAGCUCUGGCCCGUCGGCUCCAUCGAACGCCCGCACUUGGAUCCUGAAGAGCGGAGACAUCUUCAAGCCGCUGCUCGAGGAUCCGGGCACAUUGCGCGACAUGUUGCAGUCGGACACACGCAUCAAGACCAUGAUAGAUGAGAACGCAUCGUUUCGUCACUUUCUCAGCAGUGAUCGUAAUUUGCGUGAGCUAUUCUCGACGGUCUUCAAUCCAGCCAAGGUUCAGGAGCUGGGACGCAAACGUGAUAUGCACAUAAUGCGCAUGGAGUGGGUGCCUGGCGGCUACAGCCUGCUCGGCAAGCUCAACUAUUUCAUGCGUCAGGCCCAUGAGGAUAAUGUGGCCAUGAACUAUCAGGAGGCGGUGACAUGCCACUGCAAGCGUGGCGUUGAUAAUCCACAGCGCGGACGUGAAAAUAAGAUGCCGCUGCCGAAUCCCUGGCGCCAAACCAAACCGGAAACGGUUGAUGGAUUUGCGCUUAACGCGGAGCGCAUGGUUGCCGAUCUGACGCAGAAAUGCGAUCACAUGAUGCAGUCCCUGCAGUUGGGUGACUUUAACAAAACCCUCGAACAUGCGCGACAACUGAACGAGCUGGCGGACAAUGCGCGCCGUCAGCUGGAUAUACGCGUCCGAAAGCGUCUGGCACCAGCCGUCGAACAAGCUGCACCGCCGGCACCAACAGUUGCCGCCGCACCGCCAGCCGUGUCCUCGCUAAAUCUCUUUGACUUUAUGUCCAGCAACGAUAGCCGCUGGGAGCAGCGCUUCCGCUCCCAGCUGCUGCAGCUGACCACAUUGGGCCACACGGAUCGCCAGCGCAACAUAUGCGCCCUGCUGAUGUCCGCUGGCGACAUACAGACGGCCGUCAAGCUAUUGGAGCAGUGGAAUCGCUAAUACAUAGUAAUCCCAAAAUUGGAAUCAAUCUACACAA